AUGUGGGCCAACUUGGCACAGCGGGCUGGAACAGCCUUGGCGCUUCUUGGCGCGACAGUCUCGGGCACGUACCUCACGGUCGAGCUCGCCAUCUCGCACGCCGAAGAGACGGCCGCCGGUGAGCGAAAGCUCUGGGAACGCAACCUGCUGCCGCUGAAGAAGGAAGCCACAGACCGUUUGCCCAGCGUCACUGAUGGUGACGAGAAAGACCGACUCGACCAUGUGAUUGCGCACGUCAACGCUGCAGAAAAGCGACUUCAAAAGGCGGAAAUGGACGUUAUCGACAUGAAGAUUAGCUGGAGCGAUACACAAAACAAAGUCGCGGCCUUCUUCAACUUGAAAUAACGACAAUACGUUGACGCUCAAGCUAAAGUUAAUGUCUUGUCCUUGCCAAUGAGCACCUCAGCAUCGAUACACGCCUUACCGUUAACCAUUUAUGCAAACAUGGUGGUCUACUUCUGA